GUUUUUAUUUUGUGGAUCAUCAAAUCAAUUAAAAAAAUAUUUUGUGGUGGAUCAUGUGACACAGAACUGGAGUAAUGAUGGUAAAAAUGCAGCUUUGCAUCACAGGAAUGAAUUAGAUAUUACAAUAGCCUAUACUGAAAUAUUAUCCAGCUCUUUUAGAAUAUUUCACGAUAAGACUAUAUGGUUUUGGAUUGAAUAAAAGCAGCCUUUUAUAUUACAAAAACAACUAAAAUAUCCAAAUGAUACAAUACAAGUUUGGUAAAACUAAAGUGAGCAACCAGGGUGAGCACGUAAAGUCAAGCUGAAAUAGUAUUAACUGGAAAAGAGAAAAAACUGCAGCAAGUGCACUAAACAACAUGUGAUGCAUGCCAGUCGGAAAGUCACAGCCUCUUGACUUCACCUUUUAUACAAUUUUAAAAGACUUCGACUAUUUUGGGGCUCUGUGGUGAAUUGCUGAGCAUCCCAACGACCCAAAGUCCUCCAUCUUCAUCGAUUUCCCGAGGGGAGGGUGCCGCUCCUGCCUCGUUGACAAAGUAAGCAGGCGUAUAAAUACAAAGGGACGGAGCUCAUCCAUGCCCUCACCACACCACCUCUUCACAAGCACCGUUCACCAUGGACGUGAUAGUGACCUCCCGCAGAAGGGCUCUGGAGACACGGACUAUCCGCGCGCCGUCCAUGCGCUCGUGGACUAAAAGCGGUCCUCUGUCUUUCAAAAGAUCUACGAAUGUGGCCGCAUCCAGGGCUGCGUACAGCCCCGCCGUGCUCGCGUCUCCGGAAGGCUUCGAGCUGAGCGCGGCGCUCAACGGAGAUCCCGUGCGCAGUAACGAGAAAGAGCAGCUCCAGGGGCUCAACGACCGCUUCGCCAGCUACAUCGACAAGGUUCGCUUCCUCGAGGAUCAGAACAAGCAGCUGGAGGCUGAGAUCCAAGCGCUGAAGCAGCAGAACCUGUCGCAGUCCCUGCAAAGCGACGCGUACGACCGCGAGCUCCAAGACCUGCGCUGCGCCCUGGAGCAGCUCCACAAGGACAAGGCGCAGAUGCUGCUCGACACGGACCACAUGGAUGAGGAUAUGCAGCGGCUCCGGGAGCGCUACGAAGAUGAAGCCCGAAUCAGGGAGCACAUGGAGGCUGCGAUCCGGGGCAUGAAGAAAGACAAGGACGACUCGAUUCUGACGAAGCUGGAGCUGGAAAGGAAGGUCCAGGCGCUGGUGGACGAAAUGGACUUCUUGCGGCAGAACCACGAGGAGGAAAUCAGCGAGCUUCUGGCUCAGCUUCAAGCCGCGCAGGUGCCGGUGGUGGAGAUGAGGGACCUCCAGAAGACCGACAUCACCUCCGCGCUCAGGGAGAUCCGCGCGCAACUGGACGGGCUCUCCUCCAAGAACCUCCAGCAGGCUGAAGAGGUGUUCAAGUGCCGCUAUGCCAUGCUGACGGACGCCGCGGAACACAACAAGGAUGCUAUAAAGUCCAUACGGGACGAGAUCGCAGACUACCGCCGCCAGAUCCAAGCCAAGAACGUUGAGCUGGAGGCGCUUCGUGGCACCAAAGAUUCGUUGGAAAGGCAGCUGCAUGAUAUCGAAGACCGCCACAACACCGACGUUGGCAGUUAUCAUGAAAUGAUUCACCAAUUGGAAAAUGAUCUGAAGGGAACAAAAUGGGAAAUGGCUCGUCAUCUUCGGGAAUAUCAAGAUCUGCUCAAUGUGAAGAUGGCACUGGACGCCGAAAUAGCAGCUUACAGGAAACUGCUGGAGGGUGAGGAAACGCGCUUCCGUACCGUCUCCGGAAGUAUCUCAAGCCCCAUGUUCGCCUACAGCCAGCCUAAAACCUCUAAGGUCAAACAUAAAAUAGUGGAGGAGAUCAUCGAGGAGACCAAAGGAGAGAGCGACCUCGAUGAUGACCUGGCAGAUGUGGCUAAAGAAGUGGCAGAAGAAGCUGGUGAGGGUGAAGAGGAGGAAGAGGAGGAAAAGGAGGAAGAGAUUGUCGCAGCCAGUGAGGCCAAAGUGAGUUCUGCUGCUCCUGAGGCUGAAGAAGAGGAAGAGGCAGAAGGAGGAGAUGAGGAAGAAACAGCAGAAGAGGGAGAAGCUGCUGAGGAGGAAGAGAAGGAAGAGGAAGAGGAAGAAGGGGACGAAGAGGAAGAAGCUGAAGAAGGUGAGGAGGAAGAGGAACAACGAGUGGAAGUGAUUGAGGAGACAGAACUGAGCGGUGAUAAAUCUCCAACAGCAGAGAAAGAAGGCAGCGAGAAGGACGAAGAAGGAAAGGAAGAGGAGGAGGAGGAGGAAGGUGGUGAAGAACCAGAGGCGGAAAGCAAAGAAGAAACCAAAGAUGAUGAGGAGGAGAAAGAAGAAGAAGCCGAUGAAAAAGACGAUGAGAAAGAGGAGACCAAAUCCGAAGGAGACGAAGAGAAGAAAGACGAGUCUGGAGGAGAGGAGACGAAGGCCGAUUCAGAGAAGAGCGACAAAAAGAGCGAUUCAGAAGAAGACGCAAAGAAGUCACCAGAAAAGGAGAAACCAAAAAGCCCGGUAGAAGAAAAGCAGCAAGAAAAAGUUGUUCCCAACGGAGACCAGACGAGCCCGGAAAAAGAAAAAGCCAGUCCAAAAGAAGAGGUCCAAACCAGAACAGUGGAGACCAUCACCAACGGAGACAAGGAGAGCAAACCUGAGACGGAGAAAGAGAAGAAGCCCGAGGAAAAACCUCAGGAGAAAAAGAAAGUCGCCAAGAAGGUGGAGAAGGUCAGUCCACAGCCAAAGAAGGAAAUCAAAGGAAAAGACUGACGCAAAUGACUUUGGCAGGGAAUUAGUUAUAACCAAUUGUUAGAAAUAACUCUAUUUGAUGCAAAUGGCGUUUGAUGCAGCUAGCAAAAAUAAUUGCAUGCGUGGUAAUGAUCGACUUGCAUGUGUGGUCUGGAGGGACGUACUGAGCCAUGCUGAGACAGAAACUAUAGCGCGUUUGAAUUCAAGUGCAAGUACAUUUAUGCUGCUAAUGACCUGGACGAUGAAUGUGAAGUUCUUCAGCAGUUGUUUGGCAAUAAUGGUGCUAUCAUAUCAUCACCCGCAGGCGCACUUUGAGCUGUAACUCAACAUUUCAUUAUUUAAAAUGAUAUGAUGUCUUUCUAGUAUACUUCUUGCCUUAAGACAUAAUGCACUGACUCAAUGAUAAGACUCGGUUUGUUAACAUGAAACACAGCUGUUAACAUCGAUACUGUGAAAGCUACUGUAAAGGUGCUGCUCUUUGCAAUAUCACCACAAUCAAUAAAAAGCUCAUCAAGUCCUUA